UCGCAUGGCAACUGAAUACGCAAACAACUUACUGAAUCGUAGUUUACUUUGCGGAAAUUAAACUAAACUAAAACAAGCUUGGUCAUUGAUUAGGUAUAUCUUGCAAGUGUGACAGCCAAAUAGUUGGGCAUGUAAGUGUUUAAAUCUUUUCUGCAGCGUUGUCGUGUUUUCUUUGCUAUAUACAAACAAAUAUGAACUCACGAUCUCAGUACAACGUUGCUGCAUCUGUUUCUGAUACUCAAAUAAAUCCAAGAGCUCGAAACCUUGCAGCUGUAUCAAUCAUCGAAAAAGCUUAUUUAUCGUACAGAGAUCGACAAAUGUUUAUUUUGUUGAAACAUGCAGUGAGAGCAGCGGAGCAAUCGUGGACAUUUGAUAUUCUGCGUAAGAUCAGUCCAAGGGAGGCAGAAUUACUCAACGACCCAAGUGUGAAUGCCAAGGUUCGGUUCCGGUUCGCUGGUGCUGAGUUCCCACCAAUCAUAUUGUUCAAAAUUUACCUCAUCAGCAAUGGAACAAAGUACAUUAGUGGCAAGAAAAUAAUUCGACCAGCAACAAAUGCAGCGCAAGAUGCUUGCAGACUUAUGGGUCAUCGCAAAUUCUAUGAUCAACUUAUUGUAGAUGCUUGUCAAUAUGAAAAGGACAAGAUAACCGAUGAAAUGGAUAUAACAACAGUGAAGGAUUACAUGCAGUAUCUCAGUAAUCUGGAUGAAAUGCCAAGUUACUUGGGAGGGAAGGGUAACUAUUGGCGACAAUUGUCACUCGAAGCAUUACCACGACAAAACAUCAUGUAUGACAUAAUGGAAUAUUUACGAACGAAAACACAAAGUGCUCGAUUACAAGCAGAGAUGCCGAUUAUGAUGUCACGGCCCGUCACACAGGAGAUUCAAAUCGAACAAUUUAGAGCUUUGUCAAGAUUACCAUCACCACCAAGCAGUGCUUAUCCUUUCACGAAGGCUCAUGUGCACCACCAAGUGGGAGCAACUCCAAGUCGCCGAUCUACACAGUCUCGAAAAAGAGUUGCAAGAAUGAGAAAGAUUUAUCAAAAUCAACCAGAUACCCAAGAUACCCAAGACUUGACAAUUCGAGCUACUUCUCCAAUUUCAAGAAAGGUAGAUACAGCUGAAAAUCUGUCUCAUCCAGGAACUGCAUCACGGGAGCCAACUGCUCUCUCUGGACCCCCGCAACCUUCUUCUGGGAAGUAUAUUCGAACUGAUGUUGAGCCAGAGGAUGACGAGGCACGAGAGUUGUACGAAUGGACAAGGGAUUUAAAUUUUGAUGAUCUAAACCGAGGUUUUCCUUCAUCGACAAGACCGGAAUCAAAUUCCAGAUCUGUUUCUUUUUCAUCUCAUCUCACCAAACGUCUUUACGUCACUUAAAAAUAUUGUGAUUUAAAUGUUGUUAUGAAUUUGAAUGUUCUUCAUGGAAUUUGUACGUUUAUGUGUGCGAUACUAGCCAUUCUUAAUUUUUAUUUGGUGUUUAGUGACUUUUCAACUAAAAUUAUGUUAAA